AAAAGGCAUAUAUUUCUAUUAGAAAAACAAUAAAAUUUCGGAAAUGAAAGGACGAUGACGUUACAAAAUGGCAGCCCUCUGAUGUCAACAAAUUUUAGAUUUCCUCCUUUACUUUUAGUGGUCUACGAUCAUUUUACCCCUCGUUGAUAGAGUAGGCCUUUAGUUUCUUAUUUAUUUAAGUUUCUUACUUAACAGAGUUAAAUAUGAAUUUUAAGCCUUCAUAACCCUGACUUAUUUAAGUUUCUUACUUAACAAAGUAAAAUAUGACCCCGCCUUAUUUAUUUUUAUUAAGAAAAUCAUAACUUAAAUUUUACUGAACAAAUACAUUAUACAUUCUAUACUAUACUCAAUACUGACACUGACUGAGUAAUCUUACUUGAUUAAAUCUACUCACUACUCUGAUAUUUCACUGACUACCCAGACCUAGUCUAGUCAUUCAGUCAGUAUGUACCUCUUGUAACUUGUAGUCUAAUGUAGUACUCUAAUGUACUAAUACUAAUGACUAAUGUAGUUACUGUUAAGUAGGUCUAUAUAUUUUAUAACUUACAAUGUCUGUAAACUUAUAAGUUAAACAACAAUAAGUCAUAGAAUAAUACAGCUAAAACUAACAUUUACUGUGUGCAGUGACAAUCAAUAUUGAUAUUGAAUUAUUUAAAUAAGUGAAUGGAUUAGUGACCUGAAAUUGCAAAAUCAGAAGUCAGUUUAUUUAAAUUUAUUCCAAGUAUAAUUGUGUGCUUAUGUGUACGGUACAAAAGGAAUUUAAAAUAUAUGUACUUUUUAAAAAAAUAAUUAUAAUUAUAAGCCUAUUGGCCUUUGGAUCAGUAUCUUAUACUUAUAUUAUAUGAUUCAUAUGAUUAAAUUAGGCUACAUGUAAUUGUAAUGUUUUGACUUUUUUACUAUUUGUAGCUACCAACACUUAAAUGAUUACCCAUCUAAUCAAUGAUUACCCAUCUAAUCUAGUCAGUAUUAAAUUCAAUUUCUUAGUCUAUACACAGUUUACACACCAUCGGUUCCCCACCUUUAUGAUUUGGAAAGACAUUUUUAUAAUCAAUUUCCUGUGUUAUUGAAAGCUUUGUAAGGGAGACAUGUUCUUUUGAGAAUGAGGGGUAAACAGCCAGAUUGACAAAGUUAUUCAAAUGAAAACAAAAAAGUGUAGCUCAUGGCUUAUAAGCAAAAAAUAAGACCUGGCAAACCCAGAUUCUAAAUGAUGCUGUUAUGUACUGUUAUGAUUUUGGAUUUAAUAUGUUUAUAAGAUUUGGCUCAUAGAACAAACAAUAUUUAACAAAGGAGUGAGAAAAGCAGUAUGCAAAGAAUACGAUACCAAAAUUUGUAAUACUAUCAAAAUUUAAUUUAAUUAUACUAUUAAAUUUCUAUAAAAAUACAAAUUCAAAUACAGAAACAAAAACUCUGUAUCAAAUUACAGCACAGCAAGUGAAAAGUAACACUCCUCAAAAGAUACAAAUAUUAAUUUACACACACACAUAAAGAGUACAAUAUUGCAAUGACAUAACGUUUCAUAUAUGUUAGGAAACACAGAAAAAAUCUCUCUCUCCGCUAGGAAAGCUGCCAGCCUAUUUAUAAGGAUCAAAUCAAAAUGAUCUGGUAAAGAACUUCUAGAAAUUGCGUCGCCAAAUAGCAUCCUUUAGAAUUUAGAACAAAUAGAACGCAUUCAAACGUGAACAACCUUUUUUCAAUCUGGGUAGUGAUGGGUAAGGAGUGAAGCAGCACAUUUACUCUGUGACGUCAAAGAAAAGCAAAACAGGGGGGAGAUAACUGGUGGUGGCUAAAAUAGCGCUACGUUGAAGUGAAAUUGGGUCAAAACAUAGGCUAUAAUAUAAUAGAUGCUACAUAGUUUCUUACAUAUGUAUGUUUUCAUUGUGUAUAAAAUUAAUAUUUAGAAUUAUUGAAACUGAAAUUAAUAAAAUGUUACUGGCAUAAGAAACAUCUAUUUGAAUUUUUUUUGUCACAGGGUGUUUUCUUCCAUCAUUAAAAGCUUACACAAAAACGAUAUUGAAAACCUGCCAGCAUGAGUUGGUGGGAUGCCUCUGGUAUCUCUAGCCUUGCUUCACAGGCAUUAAAAAAUGCCCAAAAGAAAAUUGAUAAAGUACUUGAUAUUGAAGAACGUUCAUCAACCCAAGCACAAAAGAAGAAAGGUUCUGAAAUAAAACAUAAGUAUUUCGUGUGUUAAGCCAUUUAGUUAAAAAUAGAAUUGAUUGUAAUGUCUAAUUUAUAUAUAUAUCUAUAUAUACACACACACACACAUAUAUAUAUAUAUAUAUACACACAUAUAGUGGAACCCCGCUAUAAAGCAUCCUUCCAUAACGCGAAUUCGGAUAUAAAGCGGUCGUAGCAUGGCUCCCGAAAUUUGAAAUUCAUUUACUCCUUCAGGCCUAAGUUCUUUGAAAAUUUUAUCCAUUGCUUGGAAAGCCAUUUUUUAAAGCGAAAAAAAUCACAACUUUUCAAAAUAUCGUAGAAAAUGAGCCCACUAGUAUCAAAAUUAAUGCCAAAAACGAGUGUUACUUAUUACGGAUCCAUGAGUAAAGCCAGUAAAUCGUCUUUGUGAUUGUCUUCCAUGAAUUAUAUAUUGCUUAUAUAAAAAAAUAUUUUUCUGUUAUGGAAAAGCAAGUUCAAAAACGCAAGUCGUUUUCUGCUAAAGAGAAACUGUAUGCCCUAGAUUAUCUAAAGAAGGGCAAACAACAAGCUCAGCUUGCCAGAGAUCUAGUUAAUAUUCAUCUGAUGAUGAGCCGACUUUUGAUCAUUGUACAUGUAUACACGUAUGUGUUCUCGGAAAAAAGUUAAAUAUUGUAAAACCGCACAUUAACGCAACCCCUCUUUUAGCGUGAUCCGAUUUUAUGGACCCCGAUCAUCACGUUAUAGCGGGGUUCCACUGUAUAUAUAUAUAUAUAUAUAUAUAUAUAUAUAUAUAUAUAUAUAUAUAUAUAUAUAUAUAUAUAUAUAUAUAUAUAUAUAUAUAUAUAUCAUUUAAGUAUAAUAACACAUUUCGAUUUCAAACAGCACAAAUAAAUAAAUCUGACCAUUAACAAGCAAUACCUGUACCAAUUUUAUUGAUUAUUUCUUCAGAAACAAAAGAUGAUGUAUCAACUGAGAGGGCAGGUGGAGAUGCUGCAAAGGAAGGAGACCUUUGGUCAAACUGGAUGGGAUCAGGUGAUCAGAAAACAAAGGAAGAUAGCCAAAAUGAUAAAUAUCAUUCAUCUUGGAGUUUACCUUGGAGUUUGGCUUCUUCAUCUGCCACAGCAACAUCUGCCACAGCAAAAUCUGCCACCGCAGCAUCUGACAACAGUAAAGCCGAACCAGAUGGAACUGAGACUAACACAAACAUUAAUGACAGUAGAUCCUUAGAGGACAGAGUAACAGAUUUUCACCUAGACAAAUAUUCAGUAAAAAAUAAUGACAGUCCAGCAACGACACCAGUUGUUGAUAGCACAUUCAUGGAGGCAACAGAUGUUGAUGAAAGUGACAGUUUUACUUCAGAUUGGCGGGAUUUCCCUAUGGAGGACAUUGUUGCCACAUCACCUGCUAGUGUUGACAAAUUGCUGAAUGAAGCAUCAGAAAGUGGGAAUAUGUCAACAGAUCUUGAAACUCCUUACCUGGUUGACGAUUGUGAAGUUAAGGCCCCACGUAAUGAUUCCCACAUUUAUUCAGACUCUGGGCAAAAUUUACCAGAGUUAAGCCAGGAGUCCUCAACGUAUUUGUCUGAAAGUCAUCAGGGCUCUGUGCUCUUACAAGACGACUACACUGGCCAAAGUAAAAAUCUUUCUACUUCUGUAAAUUAUGCUGCAGAUAAUUUGCAUACAGAAACUCAUCAAAAUGAUACUGCCAUCAAUCAUCCUAAUGAACCAGAGAGUAAUCCUCUCCCCACUUCGCCUUGUGCAAUCAUGGCUCUAGAAAGUGAAAUGGAACCACAGAAAGCUUUGUUGGAAGUUGAAAGUGCUUCUCACGCCGCACUUGAGAUUUUUGUGGAGGAAGAAAGUGUUUUUUCACAGCCAUCCAUUCCAGCAGAAGACAACUUAACUCCGGACACAUCUAAUUGUGAACAUGUAUCUGAACUUUUUAGUGUGCAAGAAAAUAAUUUUCAAAGUGUUCUUUCCUCUAGUGCUCAAAGAUUGUCUCAGUCAGAUUCGAUGCUAGAAUAUGUCAAUAUCAGCGUCUCUGAAAAUGUUUCAAAUGAGGGCAGUGCUGUUAGUUAUGAUGACAUUCUCCAUGUCAGCUCAGACAUGGGUAACUCUAGAGCCAGCAGUGACUUUGAAUUGCCAGGAGGCCAUACCAGCAGCACUGGAUCAUCUGAAACUGGCAGGUUUGACAGUAGUAUAGAAACUGUAGUUGAACAGGAUGCACACAGUCGAUCUGAUCCUCCCUAUUCCUUGUUUGGUUGCGAACCGGGUGACAGUUGUAUAAGUGAAGCGAAAGUACUGGAUGAGGAUCCACGAUCCUUGAAUUCCUCCUAUGUUAAAUGUAUGCUUGAAGAAGCCAUGGAAGAUUUGAGUAAAACAGAGGAUUCUGGAAGUGAUAAUCAUUCAAAUGGAGAAAAAUCUGAGAGCUCCAAGGUAGAUUCAGAAUUGGAAAAAAGUGUUUACAGUGGGCAUGAGUCCAGUGAUGACUUUGAGACGACGACAUCCUCAGAUAUUGAAAUCCUCUCAGCACCGCAUUCAAACGGAGACAAGUACAAUGCACCCUAUGACUUGUCUCCGUUAAAAAUAGCCCUUCAGCGAUCAGUUAGAGAUCAGUGUCGUUCAGACAGUCAGUCUAGUUCCAGUGCCAACAGCAAGGGGGAUCUGGACCGUUUAAGUCCAGAGAGAGGAGAAAGCACAACUUGGAGAGAUGAUGGUGAGAACAUUGAAAAAAAUAUGACGGUAUUCUUUUAUAAUAACAAUUUUAAUCUAAAUGUUUAGAUUUGUUUAAAAGGGGUGAUGGAAGGAGAGUUUAAAUGAAACAAAGUUAUGGACAUAGUUUUAAAAAUGUUAAUUUUGCUUUUUAACUUCAAAAUUAAGCUAUUACUGAAAUAAAAGGAAGGAUACAAAAUUUCAGCCACUUGACCUUAGAAUAAGAAUACUAUGGAGUUGUUUUUUUUAAUACAAUGAGGAAUACUUGAAGGAAUAACAAUUGUAUUGACAGCACUGAUGUUUGUGUCUUAUUGUUUAUUUUAAUUUUUUUUUUUUAAGACUUGCAUCAUGACUUGCAAUCCAUCAGAGAAACUAAUAAUCCUUACCAUCCUGAAAGAUUACUCAAGGUGAGUGUGAUAAAUUAUAUAUUAAAUGUGCUUGAUUUAUGUGUAAUUUACUUGAGCCACCUUUUCCUGUCUGGAUUCUUCCAUCUUCUGUGUUCACAUUCAGGAGCAUGCUUAUUCCCUCCCCAAAAACUCCAAAUUAGGGUUGUGAUAUUUCUGAUAGUGUUAUGCAUUAACACAUUUGCUGUUAAAGCUAGGCUAAUGCUGUUUUGGACAUUUACACCAGGUGCUAACGUGUUUUAUAUUAAAAUGUAUAUCUUCGCAAAAAUGAGCUGUCUAAGUUAUAACUAAAUGGUCUUUUUCAUUCCAUCAGUGGUCUAAUCCAUUUAAUGUGAUCUAAUUUGCUUUCUUAACAAGCCAGUAACGUAGCAGCAUCUUUGUAGGAAUAAUGGGAACGCCUUGGAAAUUUAUUCCUGGCUAUAUGUUCACUUCAGAGGGAUCGCCCAUGUCAGAAAUUUCAGUAAUUGUUCCCAUUUAUAUGUAAGAAUAGGAUUAUUGAACAAUUAGCUGUAGGAAUUUAUCAAAAAUUGUAAGUUGAAUUUUUUUACAUGUGAAGGCAAAUAAUGAGUGAGUAUAUGAUGGUAAUAUCCUAAGUGGUCAAAAUGUCAUCUUUUGUUUCCCUUUCAUUGACACACAAAGGUAUGUGCAAAUGUUCACCCACCACACAUUUUCGCAGAACUUCACAAAAUACCAUCAGGCUCACAAAACUAAGUUAGUCCCUUCUUCAGAUUAGUUUCCUUGUUUGUGUCCUUUUAGAAAAGUUACCAAGGCUGUGAAUACCUCACAUAAACCUUGUUGUCAUAAGGAGUAAGGUGGGGGAAUGUACUCUUUAAACUCUGACUAUGCAGCUCAGUAAGGGUAUUUAAAGCGGCAGUUUUCAUAGGAAAAAUAAAUGAACAUUCCACUUUGAUUGUUCAUUCCAGGCAAAUUAUUCUAAUAAAAUGAUUUUUAAAAAGAACUUAGAAACUCACACUAGAUCCCUAAAAUUGUGUAUUUUAAACAUGAUUAGGGACAAAAAUAAUUUUUUGUCUCUGCCGUGGCCAUGGUAACUAAUUCUGCAUCAAGCCAAAGUCCGUGCCUUUUAUUAGGCAUCUUACCCUUGGACUAAAAGAUUCUGAACAAGAUAAAGAACACUACUUUUAGUAGAAUUUGUGGUUUCUCAUAUCAGGGUGGCUAUGACAUCAUGCGACUGCAUGUGUUAGAGGGCUUGGUGCUGUGUAUUAGCAAAGGAUGAUGAUCACUUUAUUUUCACUGGCACUAACUCUAUAGCAAAAGCUGUCAUCACAGUUGAAAUACAAUUAAAUAGAAAUAUCACAGCCACAAUGACACAACAAAAAGUCACUGUGGCAUGGUUCAUCAAGGGUUUCAAGUGUUAUCUAAAAGAUAACAGUGAAAUAUUUACUGAUUUCUCCAUAAGUCUUAAAACUAAAGCUUAAAAGACUUAAAGGCUGGCAGUAUGUUUAUGGGGAAUCAUCCAGGGGAGGAGACCAGAAAAACACCAGUCUUAAAAUUUAUGUGAAGAAAUCUAUCAGUUAUAUCAGGGUAAUUAAAUGCAGUGGGCGUUGUACAGUAGAAAUUCAACUGUCAGGACUAUUUGUGACAUGUUUAUGAUUAAAACCAUUUGGAUAAUUGCUGGAACAUAAUUUGAAGUAAAAAUGAAAGGCAGUAUUUAAUAAAUAAUCAGAUUUUAGCAGUCUUAUUAUAGAAGCCCUGGAAUAGGUUGCAUCUUGCCCCACAGCAUCCAGAAUAUUCACUAUUUUGUCAUCCCCUGUUCUAGAGCAGUGUUUCCCAAAUCUUUGUGGUAUGUUCCAGACCAGUAGUCCCCAUUGUUAUAAUUAAGCUUUGAUUGGAUUCCCAUGAUUCUCAUGAUUCCCUUUGAUCUGACUGAAAAUGCUUUUGUGUUUCUUCCGGAUGUCCACAGAAUUUGCAAUUGUGUUUUCAUUUUAAAAAAUGACAGUGCAUAACCCAAGUCCUAGGUAUUCCAGUUUCUACUGUAAAUAAACAAGUUUUGUUAUAUUUUCUGAAACUAUACCAGUGAGUUUUAGGGUAGACUUAAAUGGAUUGAUCUGGGGCACUGACAUCUUUCAAAAUUUCAUGAAACAUUCUUGGCAAUCUUUGGCCAUCUAAAUCUAUAUUUCAAUUUUUAUUUUAAAGAAAAGCUUUUAUGGCAUGGACUUUUAUUUUUUUCCGCGCAUGCUUGCUGCAUAAAAAAAGAACGGUCACCAUUGUCGCUUUAUGAAAAUGUAACAUAUAAAAUACUUUAUCACCCUUGUUUUCAGCUGGCUCAGUCUGUUGUCCGGCAGAAAGUACAUGGUGGGCAGGUAAACUUGAAGGACAUUUGUAGUUUUUAUAUGUUGCUAUGCCUCAUUGAAGAAAUGCUAGAAUUUCAACGGAAAGUAUUAGUAUAAAUAAUGAACUAAAAAAAUUUCCUUGUGAUAGUCUUAAUUGAAUAGAAAUAAGAAAUAUUCACGGGGCAGAGGAAAACCUGAAAAAAUUGGAUGUUUCGGCUAAGAAAAUAGCAAAAUAGCUAAAAUACAUCGACAGACAAACUAAGCCUCUCUAGAAAUUUAGCUGACCGGAAAUGGUAGGCUUAUUCAGUUAUGGAAGAAUCCCAUGAAAUCAAAGAAUUUGCAUGUGAGAUUAAGAGGAAACGUAAAAAGAUUCUAUAUAAAUAAAUUAAUUAAAUAAAAUGAGAUAAAAGGGAAAAGGAAUAUUACUAUAAAACGGCAAGGACUACAUGGAGGCAAGGUUAGCAAGGAUGUUGGAUAUGAGGCAGAGAUCAUGGAAAGAACUCAGAGAGCAGAUGGGCUUUUGCAUUACCUACUGAUAUUUGGAACUCUAGACGAACCAGAAGAGAUGAGGGUCAGUAAAGAAAGAUUGGAAAAAGACUUCAAACCUUCAUGAAUGGUUUUGCUGAAAUCUUAACAUCAGGUGGUUCCACAAAUACACAAAAUACAGGUCAUAAAGGAGAAGGGAAAGGAACUUCACUGUAAUUAGUCAUAUGAUGUAAGAGAGAGCGGAAAGAACGAGGAGAGCUAGUAAGUGAAAAAAGGACAUGACAUUCAUACCAUGUGGUGUCAGGGUCCCAUAUGUGUGUAUCAGUUUGUUUUCCAAACUCACCCUUGCUUGCGUGUUGGUAGGCGAAGCAAUAGCCGUAAUUGACACAUCUGUCGACUCUUUGUGGUCACUUCUAUUGAAGUGAGUGAGAAGAGCCAGACAGGACUAUGCUUGUCUUCAGCAAUGUUACAUAGGUGUUCACUGAACCUAUCAGCCAGUUGUCACUCAGUCUCUCCCACAUAGCAAUUUAGGUAUUGUUUAUACUAUUGUGUAAGCAACAUUACGGCUGAUACAAUAACUUUUAUUGGAAAAGAACUCUUAGGGAAGUCAAUAUGUUGUAGUUUGAAAAGUGUAAGGGCAGGUCUAACAAUGGCUACUAACACAUUGCUUAGUUUCAAAAUGGAAGUUGUUGGUUAAAAGGAGGCUAUGAACCAGAAGGUCAGGUAAAUUCCUAUCGUGUCUAAAUACUAUGGGAAGGGGUUAUGAGAAAGUUUUGCAUGCAUCAGGGUCAGCUAGAAGAAUAUCAUGAUUUUUCUGAGAUUAUGAGAGUGAUACUCAUGGAUAAGGUUGGUUCUGUCCUCAUUGAAUGGGUGGUUGUCCUUUUUCAGGUUUUCCUCUACUUCUUUAUAUUUCUUAUUGCUUCAACCUGCACGCAAUCCUCCCAGUAUUUCUCUAGGUCCAAUAGAGCAGCUUAAGAUAUGAUCAAUACUGAAAUUUUAUAAAACGUAAAUAUCUUGGGUGGUAUGUACACACAUUUGCCCAAAAAUUUCAUUAAACUGAUUAUCAAGGGUUUGAACAUUGCAAACUUAUGUGUCACAUGCUCUUAUGAUUAAUGGUCCCCAACUUUUAUGUGGAAUGUUCUACCAAAUACUGCCCACCUUAUGAGUGAAUGUUCUAUACCAUUGGUCCACAACCUCUGUGUGAAAUUUUCUUGACCAGUGGUCCCAGAAUUGUGAAGUGUCCCUCUUUUUAAGGGUUAAUCCCCCUCUUGCCCCUCAAUGUGGACGCCCAGGAAAAGUUUGCCUCUUGGCCCACAGCAUCGAAAAUAAUAAUUAUUUUGUCAUCAUCUUUUCUAGAACAGUGGUUCUAAAUUACUGUGUGGUAUGUCAUUGGUCCUUAACUAUUUGUUGACUAGGGAACCUUGGGCAGUGGCUCAUCCAUGAAAAGGAAAACUCUGAGUGCAAAUCUCCGCUGCUUUGCUGAUAAAAACCCAUGGUUAAGGGAGACAACACCAACAUAAAAGUCUGGAGAUGGGGUCCUGUAGGCGGUUUGAAAUUGAUUCCCUGAAAAUUCCGGCAACUCCUGCAAUGCCUCUAGUGCCAAGUUGUAUCAUUCGUUUGAUGUUCCCAUUGAGUUCACCAGCUAUGUGGGACGGGUUCCAGUAAAAUAAUAAAAGAGACUUAAGGUAAUAUAUUGGAACAUAAAAAAAUGUACCCAAGACAUAAGGAGACAAUAUAUUGGAAAAUAACAAAAUGUACCCAAGACAUAAGGAGACAAUAUAUUGGAACAUAAAAUGUACCCAAGACCUAAGAAGAAAAGGCAUUGGAACAUAUCAGAAUGUACCCAAGACCUAAGGAGAAAAUAUUUUGGAACGUAACAAAAUAUACCCCAGACAUAAGUACAAAGUACUAAUAAAUUGACUACCCUUUUCCAAACACCUUUUAUGAAAUUUUUGCACAUAGUACCUGAGAUUUAUGGCCCACAUAUAGCACAUCUUAUUAUGAGGCACAGCUGAGGGGUUAUUUUCUUUAAUUGUGUUCAUUAUUUAGAUAUUGAGUUUCUCCGGUUUUCUUUAUCGUUGUUUAUCAUCUGCGUAAAGAUGAUUUCCAAAUCAGCUUUUACUAAUCGUUAGAUCACUCCACAAGGCUUAACACAGGGCCGAGAAAUCAUUGAAUUAUUUUUUUUAAAGUGUUUGCUAAGAGAUAAUUGACAAAGAAUUCCGGGUUUAAAAAGAAUAUUAAAUAAAACUUUUCAGUAAAUAUUACCAGGUUUUAUAAAUAAAGAACCCGUACAUUAUUUGUUUUAACCAAUGAAGACGUCAUCAAAUAUCCUUGUCAAGUGGUCUCAUGUUUUCUUGGCUUUUUUAACAGCUUUAUCAUGUAUUCAUUUGCUCAUAAAACUUGUUGAUGUGUGAAAGGCAAGUGUUUGUUUAACAUGAAAGAAUGAAAAUUAUGUGAUAUAAACUCCUAAUAUAUUCAAGUAACAUAUUUGCUCUUAAAUUGCAAUAUUCUAGCCGAGGCACUUGAUUGUCGUUUUUUUUUUUCUUAAAUAUUCCAACAUAAGUUUUACAACGCCAACCUAGGACUUUGAUUACAGCAUAAAAAUAUGUCUACAUUUGUGUUGAUGCCACCAGUUUUAAACCACCCCACACACACCGCAAUCCCGUCUCUGUGGUCAUUAAAAAACCCAUAUAUUAUUAAUUGGAUGGUAAAAAUCUUACACCAUUUGUCAUGCUCCCCCCCCCCCCCAAAAAAAAAAAAAAAAAAAAAAAAAAAACAAGUAUAAUAUCAGCAACAAGCUGCAGACAUUUAUAAGAAGGCAAAACAUUUUUAAAAGGCCAUUUCCAUUAGUAAAAUAUCAGAUUAACCACACUUUCAAUGACUUUUUCUAGUUUCUCUUAUAGCAUGUCUGUCGUAGAACUACUAUAAAAAAGCAAUGAGGUUUAGCAAUUAGAAUUAAAACAGUUUUAAUUUGAAAAGGUUCAGCUUUACAUGAAUAUGAAGGGCUACCAGAUUUUUUUGACCUUGUCAGCUUGUGGUAAAUAAUGGCAAAUACUGUUUGAACCAUGUCAGUUUCCAAAACCAAAUUAAAGUUUAAAAACAUACAUUGUGGGAAAUCCUAUAAAAAAGGAAUGCUUUAAUAAAAACAUUAACUGCUCUUAAUUUUUCUUCCAAACCAAGUUUAAUGGAUUUUUAAAUUUAAAAAAAUUGGUGUGCCAUAUGUCAUUCUGGUUAAGGGAUCAAAAAUAUUUCUUCCUCCAGCCUUGGUUCAUCACCUGUGGCCUUACAGUUUAUUCAGUCUGUAUUUUCGCAUAAAGUGUCUAUCAGUGUAUCAGAUUUUAUGACAUAAGCUUUGAUUGUAUACUUCAACAAAUCAAUAAAACUAUUAAAGUUAAAACCAGUUAAAGGUUGAACAACUUACCAGCUCUUUCAUUUUCAGCCCAGAAGAUGAAAUCAAUACUCUACCGUCACCUUCCCAACCCCUCCCCCUUUAGACACACACACACACUUAUUCCUACAUAUGAAGUAUUUCCAUUGCAAUUGUAGCUAAGUUCAUAGGAAAGUUGUUUUUGUUUUUUUUUUCCCAACUAUAAAUAAAUUUUAAAAAAAUUUAACCAUUGUCAAGUUGGGAGUUGGGAGGCUAGACGUUAGAAAAAAAAACUACAAAGAAUUAAAACGGAGAGAACAGUUUACAUCACUUGACAGAUUCAUAGUUAAAGCCACUUCAACAGUUUAUUCCCAAAUAUAUUUUUACCUAAAAUUUUGAAAGUAAAAUGAAGAAAACAUUUUUUUAAGGCAUAUUUGGAUGUGAGCAGCUAUUCAUUACAAAAUGAAGUUAAUCAAGUAAAAUUCACAACCAAGAGCAGCCCAGAUUGUGAACUAUAUGAUAAGAUUCUUUCAUUGAUCCAAAUAAAUGCAAAUGUUUUGGGAUUACAUUGUGUGUGUUCAUUUUCAGCACAUAAAUAAAGACAUAUUUUACAAUUAUAAAGUUUGAAACACAAGACAUCUAAAGUAUUUCUCUGGCGUAGAAAUCAGCAAUCAGUGAACUCCUUUUGUGACAAAAAUGAUUUAAUUAGUGAUCAUAGGAAUUUCUUUCAGUCCUAACUUUAAGAUAAAGAAUUUGUCCUGAUCAAGCUGAUCUUAGGUAUCUUUGAUGGAAAGGGUGGGAGGUAUCAUUGAAAAAAAAAUGUUUAGUUUUAUAACUAUCAGUAUCUCUCAUGAUCUUUUUAUAGAAUGUUCAUAUAUACCGGUACACUUUUCUCAUGGCUAUUAUUGUAAACUAAUUUUGAUUUUCUACUUGAUGUAAGUUCAAAUGAAUAAUGUACUGAUAAAUGUUUAAGUGAAUGAUGUAUUAAUACUUAAUGUAGUUAAAUGAUGAAUUAAUGUUAUGUGUAAUUGAAUGGUGUAAUUGAAUUAUGAAUUAAUACAUGUGUAAUCCAAAGACUUAAUCAUACUAAAUGUAAUUGAGCUUUGAAAUGGAAACAAGACAGUUAUGUUUAAUGUUAUUUUUAUACAGGAACUUUUAUAAUGUGGAUAAGAUUUAAAACAACAAAAAAGAAUUUAGUUUUCUUGGUCUGAUUCAAAAUAUCGGGUAAAUCUACUGUUUGCUAUUGGUCCAAAAAAAAAAAGAAUUAAAAAGUUACAUAUCUUUUUUACGCUUAUAGAAAUAAUUUUAACAUUUAAUAGAUGAUCAAUGCCUGUCAGUCUUAAUCAUGGGAUUUUAAUGUUAUUUUUUUUUAGUUUAGGUGAUUGUCAAAAUGUUCAAGACAAUGCUUCCACAUUCAUAUUUCUAAAAUAAAUCCCCACUUUGCGCUGAUAGACAAAUCUGACUUUUGCUGGUUUAUUAUGUCCAAUGUUUGGUUUUAUUAAAGUUAUUUUCAAAUCCCUGUUAUCAUCGGUUGCCAUGGGACUAAAUACCGGAACUGUUGCAACAGAUGGUGUGUACAGCUAUUCUUUAUCGUUCUAGAAACUGGCUGAGAUGGCUGAGGUGCUACAGGCCAGGGAAACCAAACUCAUCCAACUGAGCAAAGACAACCAUCAGCUUAUGGAGGACAAGAACAUCUUACAAAAGUGAGAGAUUCUCUGUCUUUUUGGGGCGUUUGUGGGGUGGGUUUGGACUUGAAACAAUUUUUUUGAAUGUAACUCAUUGUUUUAGUCUGAAGAGUGACAUCUGCACCUGAUAUUAAUUUUUGUUUUAAAUAAAAUGUUUACCAUAUUUUCUUAGAGGAAAAUCCUGUUUUAAAAAGGCCAAAAGUUCAGAUUCAUGCUGUUUGAUCUUUGGAAAAACCAUGUAAAUAGAAAAUGCUUGCGAUGUUUAUAAAAGUUCAAAGAUUUAUUUUUUUUUGGCUUGGAGUUAGCUUAGUCUCAAAGAAACUUUAAAAUUUCAUCAAUGGCCUCUAUGAAACACUAUGGCAAUAUUUUCCAUCUCCACAACAGCACCAGAGAAUGAAUUUCUUCAAGUUGAAGAAUCUGUUCAACUGCUGGUGAAAUGUGCACCAGUUUGGCGCGUGAAUAACUGUUUGAUCUCUGCUCAAACCUUACAAAGUAUCCCUAGAAGUGUUAUCAUUGCUCAUGAAUGCUAAUGAUACGCUUGGCGACACACCCCGGCUGAUGUACUCACACGAUCGAUUACUGUCAAUUAAUGUCAAACGCAUACUCUUGUCUGCUAAUUUGGUGUAUCGACUGAAAGAACUAUCCAUUGGUCAAGGCCUGCCCCGUAAGAGUAUCCAUAAUAGUGGUGGGCGGAAAGUUGGUGCACGACGAAAGAAGAAGCGUUUUUAUCGAGCAGGUCGUCGGAAACAGCGUCCACUGAAGUACCACCAUGGCGAAAGCAAUGUCAACACUAUCGUCUGUGUAGAUCGUCAUGUAAAGCUUUUAAACAAGGCUGUCAGUAACGACGGAAAACAGCCACAUACUGUGUCCUCCAUCACGACCAUUCCCUAUCUGUCAAUACUAAGAGCACGGCCGGUGGCUCAUGAUUUCACAUCGCCCGUCGUGACGAGAUCAAAUUUAAUUGUCGUUGACCGCCAGCCUGCUGUGAAGCCGCAAUCACGGCAUUUCGGAGUACUAUAUUUUAACUCCCAGUCCUGCAGGAAUAAGACGGCCGAGGUGUGUGAUCUUGUCGUGGAGAGCAGGGCCGACCUUGUGUUCAUUACCGAGACGUGGUUUAAACGUGUCGGAGAUGAGGUGAAGCUUCAAGAAAUUACACCUCCGGACUACGUCCUUCACUCUUGCCCACGGCAGUCGAGCAGUGGUGGUGGUAUUGCCGUCCUUUACAGGAACUCCCUUAAAAACAGUGUGGCCUUCUCAAAAUCGGACGAGUUUGUUUCAUUUGAAAUGUGCAAAAUGCAACUUGAUUAUGGUGAACAAGUGAUGACAUUUCUCUGCAUAUACAGGCCACCUCCAAAUAAGCAAAAUAAGUUGAAGAUCUGUCAGUUUACUGUGGAGUUUAUACAGCUCCUUGACAUGUAUGCCACCAGCAACAACAAUGUCAUCAUAAUCGGCGACAUAAACUGCCAUUUCGACUCCACCACCGACAGCUACGUAAAGACCCUAAAAUCAGCUCUUGACACACACGGAAUGACUCAGCUUGUCAGUGUCCCGACGCAGAAGCGAGGUCACAUCCUAGAUUGGCUAGUUGUCAGAGAGGACCGGGCAGCUAUGAUCCAAAACCUCAUUAUUGAGGACAAACUUAUUUCUGAUCACUUCCCGGUCGCCUUCGACUUUGACUUGAGGAAGCCAGAACGCCUUCUGCGAUUAGUAACAUCCCGAAACCUCCGACAGAUAGAUCUAGCGGCCUUUAGAAGUGACGUCGCAGCCCUUGAGUGCGGUUUAGAUGACCCUGCUAAAGACUACAACAGUCGCCUCAGAGUCAUUUUAGACAAACAUGCACCACUGUCCACACGGCGAGUUACGGACCGCCCUUCCGCCCCUUGGCUCACGCCCGAAAUUAAGGAAGCGAAGCAGAAGCAGCGACGUGCAGAACGCCAAUGGCGGAAGUCGGGCUUGACUGUGCACCGACAAAUCUUUGUUGACCACAGGGAAGGAACCAAGAGGUUGGUCCUUGCAGCUAGGACUGAGUAUGUUAGUCAUCAGAUUACAGACAGCGGCUCAAGCAAGGACUUAUUUCGCAUUGUAGGUCAGCUGACCGGUAAAAACAAGGCUACAUCUCUGCCAAAUAACAUUGCUGUAGAAGAGCUGCCAGACGCUCUAAAUGACUACUUUAUUACAAAAGUUAAGAGGAUCAGAGCGAAACUUGACAGUUGCAUCGAUACUGCUCCAGAAUUCUCAAUAUUCAACGGCUCUUCUAUGGCUGAAUUUGUUGAGGUCAGUGAAUCGAAUGUGAGGAAAAUCCUCGCUGAUACCCCAAGAAAGUCAUGUUCGCUUGACCCUCUUCCAGCAGGGCUCUUGUAUGAAUGUCUGGAUGAAAUAGUCCCCAUCAUCACUUAUAUUAUAAAUCAGUCCUUAGCUACUGGUAUUGUUCCAUCAUCUUUUAAAGAGGCAAUCGUUACUCCACUAUUAAAGAAAUCAAAUCUUGACCCAAAUGUGAUGGAAAAUUAUCGCCCCAUCUCAAAUCUACCAUUUAUUUCUAAAAUCUUAGAAAAAGUCGUUCUCCGCCAACUCCAGGAUCACCUCACUCAGUUUAACUUGUUUGAACCAUUCCAGUCAGCAUACAGGGUGCAUCACUCUACUGAGACAGCCCUGUUGCGCGUCGUAAACGACCUUCUGUCGUCUUGUGAUGAGGGCAAGGUAUCGAUUUUGUCUUUACUCGAUUUAUCGGCAGCUUUCGAUACGCUCGACCACGGCAUAUUGCUCCAGCGUCUGCAACAAACGUUCGGUCUCACUGAUACCGUCCUGUGUUGGUUCCGAUCGUAUCUGACUAAUCGGGUGCAGUCAGUUAUUUCAAACGGCUUGACUUCGAAGAAAUCUAAUAUCGAAUUCGGAGUACCCCAGGGCUCGGUCCUAGGCCCGAUGCUCUUCACGAUGUACAUUCAGCCCCUGGGCGCAGAGAUCAGGCAGUUUGACAUGUUGUAUCACAUGUACGCGGACGAUACACAACUUCAUCAAUCCGUGAUCCCUUCUCAGUUCCCUCAGCUGCUCAGUAUGACACAGAAGACAAUGGAGUCGGUUAAGCACUGGAUGACGAUAAACAAGCUCAAAUUAAAUGAUGAUAAGACUGAGCUGCUCCCCAUCGCAACCGCUCAGAAGCAAAAAUCUGCAAAUAACACUACAUCCAUUACUCUCUCAGGUGUGCGUAUUGAGUUAGCUCAAACAGUGCGGUACCUGGGUGUCUACCUAGAUGGAAGACUAACUUUUGAAAGUCAUAUUAACAUGCUAUGCAAGGCGAUUUUUCUGGAGCUGCGCAGGAUUAGUCACAUCAGGCCCUUCCUAACAAUUGAUGCAACAAAGAGGCUGAUGUCUGCAUUUGUGCUAUCACGCAUGGACUAUUGCAAUGCUCUCAUGGUGGGUCUUUCAUCUACGCUCCUGGAUAAAAUUCAAAUAGCACAGAAUAAUGCGGCUCGCAUUGUUCUCCGCAAACGCAAGUUUGACCAUGCAAAAACCCUUCUGAGAGAGUUGCAUUGGCUGCCGGUGCGUGCUCGCAUAGAGUACAAAAUCGCAACUUUGUGCUACCGCUGCUUACAUGACCUGGCGCCGUCCUAUCUGAAAGAGCUGCUGACGCCUUAUGUACCCACUAGAGAGCUCCGCUCAUCCGAUAGUGGCAAACUCUCGACACCACGUGUUUGCCUUGAGACUUACGGAAAGCGCACUUUCGCAUUUGCUGGUCCACUAAUUUGGAAUGCCCUUCCUGUCGAUCUCAGAAACAACCAGACACUGGAGUCCUUUAAAACCGAUUUAAAGACACAUCUAUUUCGCAAACACCUUCUGGGAUGAUUGUCAACAUUAUUUUCCAGUUAAUGCAUAAUGGCUGUGUUGCUUAUGGUUGAAAUGGCUAGAAAGACUUUGCCAUUGUAUGCUUGUACUUAGUUUUUGUCGUGUUGCGUUUGUUUUAAAUGUGGUAAACUAUAGAUUUGUUUGUUUUUUUUUACUUUGUACCGCGCUUCGAGCCUUUGGGGAUGAAGCGUGUUUUUGAAAUGAACUUUAUUAUUAUUAUUAUUAUUAUCAUGAAGUAAAUAUGACCCAUGAGACCCAUCUACCUUUGUAUAGAGAUUUUGAAGUCGGCGCUAAAACUAAAUGCAGGAACUCAUUAGAUGUGUUUGAAAAUUGCAAUUAGACCUUAAUUUUUGUAUAUCUUUGCAGAAACAAUCAACCGUAUCCAAGAAAAUCCAUUUAAUUUUUUUAAAAUUUAAAUCUGACACCAUUAGCAUUGUUGGUUUGAUUUUUUUUAAAUGUACAUUUUAAAAAUUUGGAUUUUAUUAUUUUGUAUUCCUGUAAUUAUGGGCUGAUUUGGGUUCCAGGGGAAAAAAAAUAUUUAAAGAAUUGGUUCCCACAAGUGUUAUUUAUUUGAAAAAACACCGGUAUUCACUGAAAUGGCGUCUGGACACAUCACUUGACUGAUGCGGAUGAUCCACUUGUUGCUUAAGACUUAUCUUGUUAUGUUUCAGUCAACUCGUCCAGCUGGAAGAGGCCAGAGAAGCGGACUCGGCAGACCUCACUGCACUGACCAAUGAAUUCACCGCCAGACUCGGAGAAGCUGAAAAGAAAUGGCAAGCUGUUCUUAAAGUAGGUGACCCACGGUCAACAUGGAAACAGUAUUGUCAUGUUUUGCUGAAUUUAUAGCUGUUUGUUGACUCAAGUUGUCAUGGAAACACCACUGUUAUGUUUGUUUCUGUUAUGCCGGUAUUGACGUGAGCUGUCUAGGUUAGACAUGUGUCAUAAAUAAUGGUUUUAAAUCCAGGACUGUUGAUUUUCUUUUAAUUUAAAUCAAGACUCAUCAUCUGCAUCAAGACAAUCUUGUUUUAAAUAUAAUCAAUGAAAACCUGUUUCUUGUACCAAUCUUGUUUAAAAUAUAAUCAAUCAAAACCGGUUUCUUGUAAUAAAUCUUGUUUUAAAAAUAAUUUAAAAAACCUGUUUCUUGUACCAAUCUUGUUUUAAAUAUAAUCAAUGAAAACCUGUUUCUUGUACCAAUCUUUUUUUUCAGGAGAAGGAAAGUUUGAAGCAAAAGCUGACUACAGCUGAGAAAGAGCUGGAGAGACGGUAAGUCGUUGGUGAUGGAGUUUGACAUAAACACCGUUAUGAUUGGUGUCGUGAGUGUAAACAAAUUAUAACAGCUACACCCAUCGUCACGCCUCUAAGUCGAAAGCUGAAAAUUAAGAAUAAUAGAACAGCUUUAUCAUCUUAAAUCGAUAAAUAUUUUAAUCCCCACCAUUAAGGUCAUAGAUUGUAGCGGUAGGAUCCCUAAUUUGUAGAUGUGCCCCACCCUUAAGGUCAGAUUGUAGUGGUAGGAUCCCUAAUUUGUAGAUGUACCCCACCCUAAGAUCAUAAUUCCAAAUUAAGGUCAUAGAUUGUAGUGGUAGGGUCCCUAAUUUGUAGAUGUGCCCCACCCUUAAGAUCAUAGAUUGUAGCGGUAGGAUCCCUAAUUUGUAGAUGUGUCCCACCCUUAAGGUCAUAAAUUGUAGCGGUAGGAUCCCUAAUUUGUAGAUGUGCCCCUUUCUAAGAUCAUAGAUUGUAGCGGUAGGAUCCCUAAUUUGUAGAUGUGCCCCACCCCCCACCCUGUUUAUUCUAAGAUAAAUCUGAAGACUUUCAGCCGUCUACCACUGCAGUCAGUUCCAACAAGAUAACAUUUUUAUCUGGAUCAGAACCAUACUGACCAACCCUUCAUUAAUACAGCUCCACCAAAACUAUUUUCCCCAGAUCUGGAGGCACUGACAGUGAAGCUCUGUUGGAAGAAAAGAAGGAGCAGGUGGCACAGCUUUUAGCGGAAGGUUGGUGUGUUCUAAAUGGCAUGUGUAUCAAUUACGAAAAGAGCAAUAAGAGAUGAAGUCCAGCACACUAACCAGCUCGUCUACCUUCCAAAAGAAAUGGAAGGAAAAGUAGCAUAAAUUGAAUGCAAAUAAAUAACACGCAUCAUUACGGGAUAAUUCAUUUCAUUACAUUGUUUUUCCUCCCUAAAACACGUCUGGGGAUUCAAUGUUGGGCGCGCCAUACCAAAUAGGCUGCAAUGCUGUAAGCAAAAUGGGAAAAUACCAUGUUACCAUGUUGGUUGAAGUGCUGUAUUCAGACAAUCAAUGAAACUUGUUUUACUGUGUCAUGUAGGAGAAAAGCUGAGCAAACAACAACUCCAGAACAGUAACAUCAUCAAGAAGCUCAGAGCUAAGGAAAAGGAGACUGAUGCCACCAUUACUUCUCAGAGGUCAGUACUCACUCCCAAUGGGAUAAACACAUCUUUCCUUUCUAUUCAGUACUCACCCCAAGUAGGAUAAACACAUCUUUCCUUUUAAUAACUCGAUCAGCAUCUCAUUAAUCUUCAACUAAUCAAUUGCAUUAUAGUCUCAUUAGCACACUCUGAGAACCAAUAAUGAAAUAAUAUACACACAAAAUAAUUUAAGGCUAUUUCAUUUCAAUAGUCCAAGUCUAUAAUAUAAUUUCUACAUACCAGGAUCCCAAGUCUAUAAUAUAAUUUCUAUGUACCAGGAGCCUAAGUCUAUAAUAUAAUGUCUACAUACCAGGAUCCCAAGUCUAUAAUAUAAUUUCUAUGUACCAGGAGCCUAAGUCUAAUAUAAUUUCUAUGUACUAGGAGCCCAAGUCUAUAAUAUAAUUUCUGUGUACCAGGAUCCCUAGUCUAUAAAAUAAUUUCUGUGUAAUAGGAUCCCAAGUCUAUAAUAUAAUUUCUGUGUAUCAGGAGCCCAAGUCUAUAAUAUAAUUUCUAUGUACCAGGAGCCCAAGUCUAUAAUAUAAUUUCUGUGUACCAGGAUCCCUAGUCUAUAAUAUAAUUUCUGUGUAAUAGGAUCCCAAGUCUAUAAUAUAAUUUCUGUGUACCAGGAUCCCUAGUCUAUAAUAAUUUUAUUGUAUAAGACUGUAAUGUGGUAAAACUAGUUAGUGAACAUGAGUGAACAAAUGUGAUAAGAAAUAAAACAUGUUUUUUUAAAAAUAAUUCUAGGAAAAAACUGGAUGAGGUUACCAAGGAAAUGGAGCGACUCACAUCAGUUUUAGAUUCCAGGGAGGACCUGGAGAAAAAACAAGCAGGUGAGGAUAUGACUUGUCUUAAAUAAGUAGUGUCGUUUUGAAUACAGGUCUUGUUAGACAGGUAGAUGUAGGUCAGCGUUUAUGUUCACUGACAAUAACUGGGGACCUCUAUGACUUCUGAGAUUCUCUGACUUACCAGUGCGCCAAGAAAAUGGCAAUGCUGAUCAAGUAGCCAUAAUUAUCAUCGGUUCAAUUUGCCAUUAUUAUCAUCAGUUUAAGUUGCUAUAAUGAUUAUGCACUUAUUUGUACCGGUAUCAAAGUAAGAUUUUUGUGUGUUAUUUUUUUUUUUUAAAUUAGAUUUACUGAAAAGUGUAUUUUUGUACUUGUCUGGCAAGUCAAGUCAAGUCAACUUUGACUUGAACACAUGUAGACUUAAUUAAUAGCUCUUUGGAAAAUUACCUGAUAGAAUUUAAUUCCUUCGUGCUACAUGAGAUGGGAGAUGGACUCUAAGACACAUCUAUGUUCUCUGGUAGAUAUGCUUUGCUGGAGCAAGAAAAUUUUAACCAAUGUCUUAAGAGUACAUGACUGUCAACGUCAUAUGAACCAUUGGUUAAAUAACUCAUGACUGUCAACUUCAUAUGAAUCAAUGGUUUAAAAACUCAUGACUGUCAACUUCAUAUGAACUAAUGGUUAAAUAAUUCAUGACUUUAAACUUCAUAUGAACUAAUGGUUUAAUAUCUCAUAAAUGUAAACUUCAUAUGAACUAAUGGUUUAAUAUCUCAUAAAUGUAAACUUCAUAUGAACCACCAAUGGUUAAUUAUUAUUAACUAAUAUUUGUUUCAGAUGCAAUAAAUCAGCUCAAUUCAGCAGUUCAAAGGCAAGAAAAGGAAAUCAGUAAACUUAAGGUCAGUCGCAUGGAUCCUUAGCCUUAAAAAUAGAUCAAAUGUGAUGCCCUAACUUAGUCCGUUAGUGGGCUGAGAUUAGAUUUUGCUAUAGUUAGUCAGUGGAGGUAAGUCACAUGGACCUUCAGCCUUAAGAAUGGAUCACAUGUGAUGUGGGAAUUUAGUUUGUAGGCUGAGAUCAGAUUAUACUAUAGUUAGUCAGUGGAGGUAAGCGACAUGGACCUUCAGCCUUAAGAAUUGAUCACAUGUGAUGUGGGAACUUAGUUUGUGGGCUUUGAUCAGAUUAUGCUAUAGUUAGUCAGUGGAGGUAAGUCACAUGGACCUUCAGCCUUAAGAAUUGAUCACAUGUGAUGUGGGAACUUAGUUUUUGGGCUUUGAUCAGAUUAUGCUAUAGUUAGUCAGUGGAGGUAAGUGACAUGGACCUUCAGCCUUAAGAAUUGAUCACAUGUGAUGUGGGAACUUAGUUUGUGGGCUGAGAUCAGAUUAUGCUAUAGUUAGUCAGUGGAGGUAAGUCACAUGGACCUUCAGCCUUAAGAAUUGAUCACAUGUGAUGUGGGAACUUAGUUUGUAGGCUGAGAUUAGAUUAUGCUAUAUUUAGUCAGUGGAGGUAAGUCACAUGGACUUUCAGCCUUAAGAAUUGAUCACAUGUGAUGUGGGAACUUAGUUUGUGGACUGAGAUUAGAUUAUGCUAUAGUUAGUCAGUGGAGGUAAGUCACAUGGACUUUCAGCCUUAAGAAUUGAUCACAUGUGAUGUGGGAACUUAGUUUGUGGGCUGAGAUCAGAUUAUGCUAUAGUGGCUGAGCGGUCUAAACUGAGUCAGUCCCAAGCUUGUGGGCUUGAAUUCAAUCCCCAGCAAAGGCUAGACAAGCAAAAACACCAGCACCCUGGGCAGAUGGGACUCAUUAACCUUGGAUAGCCACCCAUCUAAGAGAAGGCAAAAAAAUGAAAUCAAACCUGGAGAUGGAGUCAUGUAGUGCAGUAUGUCAUCACAAUGAAAAUUCCGACAGCUCAUGCAUGGUGGAGCACUUAAUAAGGUCAGGGAGACACCAGAAACACAGCUGGUCGUCAUCUACUGCAUCCUGGUCUAUUUCCUGUCGUCUUGACUAAGUCUUGCCAUUGGAUGAGAUAGGCCAGGGUGAGAGUGAGGCUGAUGAAUUGAGCAACUCUCCCUCACUUUAAACAAAAUAUAGCUCGACUCUAGUAGAAGCCCUGGUCACCUUUGCUUGUGAAGACGAACAAUAAAAAUUAUAAUGCUUUAGUUAGUCAGUGUAGAUUGUUUAUUAAAGUAGAGCAUUUGUUGAAUAAAUUAUAAGAUAGAUUGCAAGAUUGAGAUCAGAGAUGCCUAAACUGUGGUCUGCUGCCAUUAAGGAUAUGUAUAAGUGGCUUAUUCCAAAAUCUUUUCUCCCUUCUAUAAAAUGUCAUUAUUGAAAGUCACCCCUUAUCACUUAUUUCAUAAAGACCUUGAUUCUGAGUGACACAAAAAGAAGUCUACAUGUGAUAGUACAAGUUCUCUUCUUCCCUACUCUUAUAAUCAUUAUUAUUGAUAGGAUACUUCACAUAAUUUUGAUAGAUUAAUCGCUCCAUUUAGACUAAACUAUGUCCUGAAUGUUAGCUCUGUAGAUAUCCAAAGAACCAGAUCUAUAAGCAUAUAAAUGUUUAUCUCAGAAACAAACCACAAUAUCCGAACAAUUCAUCUGACACAUCAAAAAGUCAUUGUCAGUCAAGAUUAGAUGCUUUUUUGUGUUGUUUUUUUGACAGAGUGACCUUGAGGAUGCCCAAGAAAAAAAUCGUGGCCUCCAAGCUGCAUUGGAUAAUUCAUACAAGUAAUAUUUCAUGUCUGUCUAUUCUUUGAGAUAUAUUGAUAACAAGUAAUCAUUCCUGCUAUACAUAUCUUUGCUUGGGGUGAGUCUUGUGUAUGCAUUUUUAAUAAUUUAUUUUAUUACAAGUAACUAAUUUGGGGGGGAGGAGUAGAUGUAGGAGCCUCCUGUAUGUAGAGACCCUUAUUGUGGCCAAGAAUAACCCAAGACUGUCAGGGUUGUAUCUAAAAAUUAAUCUGAGAUAAUUUUUGUUUAAACAGAGAGAUUGCUGAGCUGCACAGGUCCAAUGCAACCCAGGAUAGCAAAGCUCAGGAGGCAGCACUCAGUGCAGAAACCCAUGUGAGGGAAGAGCUGAAGGCAGCCAUGGAUAGGGAGCAGAUCAAAUUUCGACAAGAAAGAGAAGCCUUCAUUAUACAGGUUAGUUGAAAGAACACCGUAUAGGCACCUUUGCCUUUUAUUUCAUGCAGAACUAACUGUAAUGUCCUGUGAUGAAUUGUAGUACAUUUGCCCUUAUUUAAGACAGACUUUGUAAUGUCCUAUGAUGAAUUGUAGUACAUUUACCCUUAUUUAAGACAGACCUCGUAAUGUCUUGUGAUUAACUAAAACUAUUCCAUUGGCUCCUAGGCUGAUGACCUGAGACUUGAAAUGUCCAGAUUAGAAAAGGAGCAUAGUCGGCGUGAAGACCUGUUGAGGCAAGAGAUUGCACAUUUACAAGAAGUAAGUUUUUUUUUUUGGUAACUCAAUAUUUCAGUGUCCAAUCUGUUGUCUAUCUACUGAUUGGCAUUGCCUUGUAAUGAAACUCAAUGUCUAUUUACUGUUUGUCUUUGCAGAGAUCAGAAAGAUAAAAUUGAUGCAUAUUUAUCAGUUAGAAAACAUUGUUUUGGUUGUUUGGCAGAAAAGGACAUAUGUAUGAUGUAGUAAGACAAAGCUUACAGUUAGGGGAAUGAGACAAAUUAUUUUAUUGUACCGUAGUUUUAUAAGCCACCUUGAUAUCCAGUAAAGUGACGUACGGUUUGGGAUGUUUUGAAUUAAUUGUCUAAAGAGAAUAUUCUAAACUCUAGAGACUACAGGAAGAUGAAGUCAGGAGUCAAGACUUGACUCACUCUGUCACAUCAGCUACAAGGCCUCUGCUCAGACAAAUCGAGAAUCUUCAAGCAACUUUUGGUGCUCAGUCAGCUGCCUGGGAGAGGGUGGAAAAAACGCUGACAGAUAGACUAGGUAUGGCUGAUGCAUGCCAGGUGUGAUUUUAGGCUUGGUAUGGCUGACACGUGUCAGGUGUGAUUUUAGGCUUGGUAUGGCUGACACGUGUCAGGUGUGAUUUUAGGCUUGGUAUGGCUGACACGUGUCAGGUGUGAAAGUUAUGACUGAUGCAUGUCAGUUGUGAUUUUUAGGCUAGGUAUGGCUGAUUACCUGUCAGGUGAGAUUUUAGGCUACAUAUGGAUGAUUACAUGUGAGGUGGGAUUUUCAGCCAGGUAUGGCUGAUUUUAUGUCAGGUGGGAUAGGUAAGGAAAUAGAAACACACACUAGGUGAGAACUUGACUACCAACACAAAUAACGAUUGUCAAACGAAAGCCUUCCUAAGUGAAAAAAAAAAAAUGAUGAGUUAAGAAAAAAAUUUGAAGUUAAAAGAAAAAAGCUUAACCUAAUGGUAAAUGUCGAGUAUGGCAGAUGAAUGUCAGAUUAGGUUAGCUUGAAUAAGCUAAUAACUGCAAAAAAUAAAGCAAAUCUUUGUAUGGUUUCUAUAUUAACCCAGCUGAAUCCCAGACAGCUCUGGCUAUUGCCCAGGAGAAGGAAAGGACAGCCUGUGAACAACUGAUGGAGCUAACAGCAAAGCUGACAUCUGUUGAGGCCUCCAAUUCAAGAUUAAAACAAGAAAAGUACCAACUGGCGGCUCAGUUAGACAAUGACAAAGCCCAGCUGGAGGAGUUGCAAGAUGCAAGAAACAAGUAACCAACAUUUAUUUACUUUCUGGAAUGGUGGUCCUUCAUUCUUCUAAUUUACAGCAUGACUGUACAAGAAAAGAUGGAAUAACAGAUGUACUGAGAGAUUAAGACAAAAGCUACUUCCAGAGUAGUAGAAUUCCACUUUAAAGACGGCUCCGAAUGCCAUAUAUUCUGGAUCCUGUAAAAGCCAUACCCAUAUAAAAAGCCAAACCUUCUGGCCAUAUCUAUCCAUACCCCUAUAAAACCCACUCCUUCUGGCCCUAUAAAUAUAAAAACCAUACCUUAAGGACAUAUAAUUACAGCUUGAGGGAGGGUAUAUCAGUGCUGUAUAGUAAUAGAUAACACACUAAUAAUAACACAAUAAUAGAUUGAUUUCUAAAAUUCUUUUUGUUGCUAUAAUAUGAAUUGAUUUCAUUUUGUCUCCAGUAUUGUUGCUCAAUUUGAGGCAGGCAAGCAGAAAAUAUCCCAGGAAUUGAACCAGCUGAAAAUGGACAAGGUAAAGGAAACAUGGAACACAUACAUGUUGGCAAUUGUCAUUUGUUUAAAAAUGUUGGCAAAGAAUUGAAGUUGUUUCCAUUAAAUUGUAUUCAAUUGUAUUUUUUUUUUGAUAAUUCACUUUUCUAUUUUGAUUUAAUGUUCACAGAUUCAUCUGGAAUCACAGCUUACGGUAGAACACACCCGACUGGAGACAGAGAAAAAGAAGAUUAUUGCCCUAGAAGAACAGCUAAAAUUGCUUGUAAGUGGUAAAAUUGCACCAAACAUAUUGUCAUUGUUUUGGCACGGAGAUCUCAAAAUAUGAUAAUUUUUAAAAAUUUAAAAUUUUAAAAUACCUAGUACCUCUCAAUUAAGGACCCACAGAGAAGCAGAUUAGCCUAUUACCAAUUAAUGGGCCUUAAUGCUUAUUGUAAUUAAUUAUUAGAAAUUUAUUAUUAUAAUUCAUAUGAUGAAAUCCCUAAUAUUAUGUAGAUAAAAUGUAAAACUAAAUGCCUAUAAAAGCAUAGUCUCUUAGUAAAAAAAAAGCAAGGGUUCCAUAAAAAUGUUGGUUAAAACUUUCUGCCUAAAGGUGUUAAAAUAUAUAAUUAAACAUCAUCAGUCUUCAAGCCUGAUUAGCAUUGGAGAGAGGCAUACAUUGCAAAACCAAGACCAGUUAUUUUGAGAAGUGGUCUUAAGCAAAAGAUCUAGCUAAAUGAAAUUUGGUAAAAUUAUUAACCAAUAAAUUUACUUCAUAUACAAUUAAUUUCUUGAGAUUAUUAUUUCACAUUGUGGUAAUCCAUAUACACGACCGGACUUAGACUUGAUGAGGCCCUGCGCUAUACAAAGUCCAGAGGUCCCCUACCGUUUUAAAUUACAUCAGCUGGUCAAAGAAAAAAUUUAAAUAGGUUACCGGCUGUAGCUUAUUAAGCUUAUACGUAAAUCCGACACUGUCCAUUUAUGCAAAUUACCAAAAACUAUGUAUGUUAAAUUAUGAUGGGAUUUCUGAUUAUCAGGUUGUUUUUUUUUCAAAAUGAUGAUCAAGUAUCAUUGUUUUUAUAUAUUUUUUUUACAUUACAAAAUUUUUUAAAUCACAGAUAAUUUAUUUAUUUAUAUUUAAAUUGUAUUAUUUAAUAAAUGAAAUAUUUUUAUGUACAAGAUUCAGUAUAAAUAAGGUAUUCCAACCAAUACUGGCUUGUGUAUUAAAAAAUACCAACUUAAUAUCUUUUAAACCUCAAAAUCUCCAAUCUAUUUAUAGCCCAAUAAUAAUUUUUGUUCAAAUUUUCUUUAGAGGAAAUACUUGCCCAUGGGAAAUUAUAAUAUUUUUUUAAAAUAUAUUUUAUUUUUCAGCAGGAAAGGUUGAGAUCAGCUGAAAGCCCAUCUCCAACAUCAUCCUUAUCUCUGAGUCGCAACAACAGUAUGAUAGGAAGUAUUCAUGAACCACCCUCCAUGCACUGGUCUUUCCAUGUAAUUUUCUUAUUAUAUUAAUGAAAUAGAAGUGAAUAGUAAAAUCAGUGCAUCAUGUUUACAGAUGAUGUAGUAUGCUAUAGUGAUGGGAUUGAAUGAUACAAUGAAUUUAAUAAUGCUAGUUUUUUAAAGAAUUAUUGUUGCACUUUAAUUUCUUCAUUGAGUCAAUUCAGUGAAUUCAUUGGCAAUCAAUCCAAUACUCAUACCAUAUCACAAGUCAGGAUUUUAACUACUUCCCCAUGACACCUGUAAAAAGGGUGACUUUAUUUUUUUUUUUUUAUUUUGAGCCCUUUAACUAUGAUUUGAUAGUAUAUUGGCAUGAUAAACCUCUGCAAAGUUAAAAAUAUCUUACUGCCAUAUUUUAAAGCCACAUGCUCUCUGAACUGAGGACAAAAACAUAUUGUAUCUGAAAUAUAAAAAAAAAUCUGCAUUUCUGAGCAGACCAGUGUUAAUGCCCUCAUAUACCAAGUAUGCAAUUUUAACAUUUAUUAUCAUAUUUUAUUUUAAUAAUUGGUACUGUAAUAUAGUCUUUGAAUUCAGUCCCAAAUAAAUGGCAAUCCUGUGUUAUUAGAAUUUGUAUAAAUUAUAAAAUUGUAAUUUGUUUAAAAAUGGUCUCAUAUUAGAAAAUGAUAAUAAAAUAAUUAAUUUUGUAUUUAUUUUGAACAUAUUUUUGGGAAAUUAAUUUCAUUCUCUUUACCAGGAAGAUAGUGACUCUGGUUCAACAUUGGGAGGAUCAAAGACAAGUGUCUAUGACAGCUUGAGACAAUCUGGUGCUGCCAUUGUUGUGGAAAAUUUAUCAUCUCAGCUAAAGCUGAAGGAAGGGGAAAUAACUCAAUUACAGGUAGAUUAAAAUUGCAAAUUUUGAUGGGCUAACAGACCUGUUUACUCUUACGAUUUUGGCGUAAAAUGUACGAUUUUGAGUUAUCUUUUAUGGUUGUACACUAACACCUGUUAGAACUACAAUUUUAAGAGAUGGGUUAAAAAUAUAAACAUUCCAUUAUAUAAACAUAAAGAUUUUUUUUUAAUUCAUUUUUUUUUCAUUUGUUAGUUUUAGCUCCUUUCUACAACCAGCAGUGAAUGGAUUGAGAAAUACAAUUGGUUGGGGGCCAUCUAUAAGUAUAUUAUGUUUGCCAUGAGAGGGGAAGGGGGUGGUGGUGUUGCAGGAGAGUGCGUGUGACUUGGGGGGGGGGGGGGGUGUCUAAAAAUGUAAGUGUAUAAAAAUACCACCACCAUGUUGUUUUUGUGUUUUCAUAAUGAAGUCGCUAGUCAAGGCAACAGUAAUAUCAGCGUAUUCGCCCUGGUGACAAUUUAAGUCAAUCCUCACUGUUGUUUGCUUUGGUGCUUCAUAACAUAAGUUUGUGUCAUAAUUAUUUCAUUGGGCUGAACCGAUGCGAAUACAAAAAAGGAGAAAACUAGUUUGUUAUGGUUUUUUUUUACAUGAGAUUGCUUGCUCAACUGUUAUGUACAGAAACAUUUAGAUUUUGACAGAUUUUUAUAGGAUCUGAGAGGGCCUUUGAAAUCUAUUUUUAGAAAGCACAAAACAGCGUAAUGAUUUUUAAUAACUUCGUUUGGUUCCAACACUCCUUCCUUACACCCAUUUACAACUUGUGGUAGUUAUUAAACUAUAAUAUGUUAACAAGAAAUAAGAUUGAUUGAUUAUUAAUAAGAUUAUGACAUUCCUAUUUGAUAAUUAAUUCUUAUUUCAAUAAUAUUUAUUUUGUGCUGAACUAACAUUCAGUUUGAACCACAUUAAUGUUCACCAGUCAAUUUAUUUUCACAAGUGACAAUGUGAUAAUUUUUUCUGGACGUGCACCCAAAUAUUAAUUGAUAUCUAUAGUCUAUAGCGCACGUCUGCAAAGCUAAGUGACCAAAGAUUGCAAUAUAAACACCAGUCAUCUACUUUUGGAAGUAACCGCUCGACACGUGAUAAAAGUAGUUAUUCUCUAUAUUAUAUGUACUGCAUGUUUAUUUAUUUACGGUACUAUGAAGAUACUGUAUUGUACCAUCUUGAGACGAUAAUGUACGAUUUUAGGAGUUUGAGGGUAAUCAGGUCUGAGCUGACUAAUAUGAGUUUAAAUAAUAGGAACUUAUUAAGUCAAUUUUUAAAUAGGUACAUGGCAACAUGACAUGGAGAGUUUUGAAAAUGUUAUAUUGGAUAGUAACCAUAAUGGAGAGGUUUAAUUUGCUAACUAACUUGGUCGGGACAGACAUUUUAAUAGUCCUAUUUUAAGUUUAUUAUUUUUCAAUAUGCUUUGUUAAAAUUGGCAACAUUUUAAUUUUUUAAAUUUUAUACCACAAAAAGUGGGUGAGUCCAAGCUGAUGUUAAAGUAUUUAUAUCCAAAGAUUUACUCUCUAUUUUAACCACAAUUUGUCUACAGUCAGAAAUAGGCCAACUGGAACGUACCAGAGAGUCCAUGGCACGAGAACUUGUGAAUUUAAGUAAUCAAAUAGAUGAACUUUCAGGCUUAAAAACUGCACAUCAGGAAUUGCAAGAACAGUUUAAUGUAAGUUUGCUCAAUAACCAUAAGUGCAGCUACGUCAAAUAUUUUUGCAGUGUGGAUUGGUGAGAUUUUUUUUUAUAGAAAAAAAAAUUACAGUAGUAGUACACCUGUUAAAAUGAGAAAAAAAACACAAGGCCAGAUACUUUUAUACAACCCAAUGUUAAAAGAUUCUUCUGAAAAGAAAGUAUUUUUGUCUUAAAUGUAGUAAAUAUUGACAGCUUAAUGCUUUUAAUUGACAUUUGUAUUAGUAAUGAAAACGCAUCUUAAGGGGUACUGAAUAAUGUGUGCAGUAUGUUAAAAGUUAAGUAGAGCUAUAUUAUUUUAUAAAUUUUAUUGCACUUACGUAAAUUUAUUAAAUUAUUUACUUUGAGGUUUCUUUUGUAAUCAACCAACUUCCCAUGAUGAAUAAAUUUCCUGAAUUUUGCACACACACAAAGUUUUGUCAAUUCAGAAUGUUAUAAUUUGGGACUUUCCAUACAGAAUUUAAACUUAAUUUUGAAGUCCUGACUUACACAAGUUAGUAUUUCUAAAGUUCUAAGAUUGUUUGAUAAGAAACAUAUGAAACAACAACCCCAACCAUUUGUAUUGCCAGGAACUAAACAGUCGAUAUAGUGCCAUUCUACAGAUGUAUGGAGAGAAGGAAGAACAGGUCCAGGAACUGAGACUGGAUUUGCAAGAUGUCAAAGAGAUGUACAAGUCACAGGUAUUUUCUUCACUUUAACAAUUUUUUAAUUAAUUAAAAAUAGUUUUAUAAGCUUGUUGAAUUUUUAGAAAAUAUAUGUUUAGCUAAAAAAAAAUAAGGCUGUGGGAAAUGGAUCUUGGAUGUUGAGGCAUCUUAGUUUUGGAGUAGUUAGUAUUAGUAUCUUGGGUAAGUUAUGCAUGUUAGCAGUCAGAAUAGGUAUAGUUUAUGUAAGUUAGCUUGGGACAUAUACUCAGUCCAGUUUCACAUUUCUUCUCAUCUGCAAAAAAAAUGUAUGUGCCACUGAAGUUCUUUUAUGCUAUUAGGUUAGAUGAUCAUUUUUUGGUACUGUUAUAAUGUAACAAAACACACAAAAUCUUUUUUUCUGCAGAUUGAUGCUCUCAUGGCCAAAUAAAGAAAGAAAAGAACUUUAGACUUACAGUUUGGUUGUUAAAAAAAAUUUACAAUAAUACAGCAGGUUAUAAGUUAUACAAUUAUGUAACAGUUGUAUUGUAUAAAUUUUUAAACAUGGACCUAACUUUGACCUAAACAUCCAUCAAGUAUUAAUUUCUAGUGCAAGCAUAAUCACAUGUAGGUAUUAUAAUACAUCAGGGUUUUUUUAAGUGGUAACUAAUGACUAAAAUAGGCUGUAUAACUGAAAAAUUGCCAUCAAAUUAUUUAUUAUUCCUUUAAAAAAAUCUCUACUCUGGGUUCAAGUCUUGAUAUAAUAUAUUCCAGUGAUCAGGAUACUUAAGGGUCAUCCAUAAAUUAUAGAUACAAUUAUAGAUGCAAGGGGGAGCCUGUCCAAAAAUGUAUAGGGACUUGGGAAGAUGGCUUUUUAGAACCUUUCAAUGAUGAUUGAGUGGGGCUUUACUUGUUGUAGUGCUUAUGGCUGUUUGAAUUUUUUCAAUUUCAACAUAUUGCAUUUUAUGAACUACCUUGUAAUUAUCAUUUUCUAUUCCUGCUGGUAGUAAGUAACCAGUAUUUAACUGUGAUAUUUUAAUUACAUUUGUGAUUGGGAUUGUAAUAUAAUUGGUGGGAAAUAAAUCAAUGAUUUUAUACUAUUACUAAUACUGUAUACAAAUCAUUCAGUUGAGCAACAAAGAUGUUGAGUUUGUUAUCAACAGUAAAGAUGUGGAAGUUAUUAACCAUAGGAAUUAAAUCAAAUGACAAAUCUUGCAAUUGUAGGCAAUAGGACAGGCAAUGCUUGUUUAGAAAAGAUUAUCAAAAUAAUAAUUGCUUUAACUUUAAGAUGUCUGUAAAUUUGGCUUGUUCCUGGACAGCAGACACCUUAACACUUGUGUAUAGUGAAGCCUAUGAAAAUAGUGAAGUACCAUACCUAAACUGCAACUAAUUCAGGAUGUUUUAUAUAUUUUUUUUAUUCUUGUAGUAAUUUAUUUUUUUAAAUGUAGAAAUUUUAUUUCAAGUUAUUUAUAUAUUAUUACUAUUGAUAAUGAAGUAUGUGGUUUUCAUAUUUGGUCGUCUUUCACUGAGUCAAUCUGCAUGGUUGUAAUAUUCAGAGGGAAAUUUGGUUAGGAAAUAAAAUGCAAAUGUUUUUUAUCAUGACCAAAUUGUCUUAUGGAACACUUUAUUUGUAUAACUAGAAAGAUUUUUUAAUUAGUUCUUAAAAUAUUGAGAAAUCUGAUGCAUAAGGUAUGUAUGAAAAAAUACAAACUACACGACAUUUGCAGUUGGCUUUUUUCUCAAGCUAUUCCAUACCAUGUCAGUCUGGCCUACAUUUUCCUAAACACUAAACUUCUGUGGGAUUGUUGUAUGUGAAGAGAGAACUGAUAUGAUAUUGAUAAAAUAAAAUAUUGUAUUGCAAAAAAAUAGUAUACAGAAAAAAAAAGGAAACCCUUUCAUUACCAUUAACCUCAAUACCUUUA